UGUAGUACGGGGUAGUAGGAGUAGUAGUUUAAAGGAGUAUAUCACGUCGCUGGUCCCCGACUCCCCCGUGGUCGCAGCGAAAUCGCACCGGUCGAUCGGUGGAAGCUCCGGCCGGUGGAGCUGAGCUAGCGAUGAAAAGUCGCUAAAAACUAAAUCGACCGUAUCAUUUCGCAAAUCCCGAUUGGUCCCCGUGGCGCAGCGUGGCGUGAGAUCUUGUUAUACUAGUAUUUAAUUGGGAUUUGGGGGGGGGGGGGUGCGUAUGCGUGCGUGUGCGCUGCUUCUUCUCUCAAGUGGUGGAGGGGAAGAGGAGCACAAGGAGAGGCAGACGGCGAUAAGUCGCUCGCUCGCCAAUUCGCCAUGAUCGGGUGGGGCUCCGCUACCGUACACGCCCCGGAGGAAGCCCAGGCCCCGCCCAUGCUGCUGAGCUCGUGAUCCUGCGCUCCUGGCCACAGGCUGCGAUUCGGCGUUGGGGUUUCUGGUCCGAGGCGGCCAUCAAGAUCCGUGCUUCUUGUCCUUUGGCCCGGGCGGAGUGGUUUCUUUCUUGCACGGGACGUGCUCGACGGAAUGCCUGUGAGGGGAAUUCGCUCGCUGUGAGUUGGGAGGGGUGGUAGCUGUGCUUGCCUGCUUGGUCUGGUCAUGGUGGAUUGAGUGCUUGGGGGUGGUGGGAUUUGGUCCCUGGGCAUGGCCGGUUCGGAGAGGACCGUGGUUUGGUUCAGGAGGGACCUCAGGAUCGACGACAACCCGGCGUUGGCCUCCGCGGCGAGGGACGGCGCUGUGCUCCCUGUCUUCAUAUGGUGCCCUGCGGAUGAAGGGCAGUUCUAUCCCGGCCGGUGCUCCAGGUGGUGGCUCAAGCAGUCGCUCCCCCACCUCAGCCAGUCACUGGAGUCGCUCGGGUGCCCGCUCGUGCUGAUCCGAGCCGAGAGUACCCUUGAGGCUCUUCUGCGGUGCAUUGAUUCUGUCGGCGCCACCAGAUUGGUUUAUAAUCAUCUGUAUGACCCUGUUUCUCUUGUGCGUGAUGACAAAAUAAAAAAAGAGCUUUCGGCACUGGGAAUUUCCAUCCAGAGUUUUAAUGGUGAUCUGCUGUAUGAGCCAUGGGAAAUUUAUGAUGAUAGUGGACUUGCAUUUACAACCUUUAACAUGUACUGGGAGAAGUGCAUGGAAUUACCUAUUGACGCAUCACCGUCACUUGCACCUUGGAAAUUGGUGCCUGUCCCAGGUUUGGAGAGUGUUCGUAGCUGUUCUGUUGAUGACCUAGGACUUGAAUCAAGCAAGGAUGAGGAAUCAAGUAAUGCUUUGCUAAUGAGGGCCUGGUCUCCUGGUUGGCGCAAUGCAGAAAAGAUGCUUGAAGAAUUUGUCUCCCAUGGUCUCCUAGAAUACUCAAAACAUGGAAUGAAGGUUGAGGGAGCUACUACAUCAUUGCUAUCACCAUAUCUUCAUUUUGGUGAGGUGAGUGUAAGAAAAGUAUAUCAACUUGUAAGGAUGCAACAAAUCAAGUGGGAAAAUGAGGGAACAUCUGAAGCUGAGGAGAGCAUUCACUUCUUCAUGCGGUCAAUUGGUCUUCGAGAAUAUUCACGGUACUUGUGUUUUAACUUCCCAUUCACACAUGAAAAGUCAUUGCUGGGGAACUUGAAACACUACCCUUGGAAAGUAGAUGAGGAGCGGUUCAAGUCCUGGAGGCAGGGAAUGACAGGAUACCCAUUGGUAGAUGCUGGCAUGAGGGAACUUUGGGCUACCGGAUGGACACAUAAUCGGAUAAGAGUUAUCAUUUCAAGUUUUGCUGUGAAAUUUCUACUUAUCCCAUGGACUUGGGGUAUGAAGUAUUUUUGGGAUGUGCUAUUGGAUGCUGAUCUGGAAAGUGAUAUUCUUGGUUGGCAGUACAUAUCUGGGAGCCUGCCUGAUGGCCAUGAGCUCAGUCGUCUUGAUAAUCCAGAGGUUCAAGGUCAAAAGUAUGACCCAGAUGGUGUAUAUGUAAGAACUUGGAUACCUGAACUAGCUAGAAUGCCGACAGAAUGGAUUCAUCAUCCAUGGGAUGCACCGAGCUGUAUUCUUGAAGUUGCUGGAGUUGAGCUGGGGUUUAACUAUCCUAAGCCAAUCGUAGACCUUCACAUUGCUAGGGAGUGUUUAGAUGAUUCCAUCUCCACGAUGUGGCAAUUGGAUACAGCUGAGAAACUUGCAGAAUUAGAUGGUGAGGUUGUGGAGGACAACUUGAGCAAUAUCAAGACUUUUGACAUCCCAAAAGUUGUUUUGAGGGAAACAUCUCCAUGUGCUUUGCCCAUUGAUCAAAGAGUGCCCCAUGCUAGCAGCAAGGAUCAUAAUUUAAAGUCAAAGGUAUUGAAGGCCUCAAAUAGAAGUUCUAUUUGUGUUGAUAUGAUCAGGUCCUCAAAGAUGGAAGCAACGAGCUCUGUAGCAAACUCACCGGUAUCAAGGAAAAGAUCCUUUUGUGAGACUGCAUUUCAUGUCCCAUCUUAUUCAUCUUCAGCUGAAGUGCAUUCGCAUAUUCAAGAUCAUGGUGGUUCCUUAGUUGGGCCUUCAAGAUAUCUCCUGCAGGAAGCAGGUAGAAACUAUGUUGAUGAGCCAACAUGAACUGUGUGGAGCGCCUGUAUCGUGAUCUUAGCUAAUCUUAAUUCUGACAACAGCUUCUGCUAUAAUGACAAACUCAUGAUAUAUUAUUGCUGCAAGCUGACCAGCUUCUGUCGGCAUAAAUGGCUUUAUUGGAUAAUCUAGGUGCUCAGGAUGGGUAGUGGAAACCCACCCAUUUCACACUUCCACUGCUUCUAGAACUAAGUCUAACAAGUCUUGAUAGGAUUAGUAAAACUGUGCAAGUCUUUGUAGUCAAAUUUCACGGCAUGUAUAUUUCAGUAGAUAUUGCUGGAGGUAAAGCCUCCAUCGAGAAACAAGAUAGCACCCAACCUAUGUUUAACUAUGAUACUUUUUCUGGCAUCUUUUUGGGAUUUUUUGUAGGGGCAUCUUUUGGGAUUUUACUUCUGUGUGUAUACCACGGGCACAAAUUCUCUGCUCAGUAAAUUAACAGCCACGGCAUUGAACCAUUA